GCUGGAGUCAGAAUCCGAAUCCACCCGGGGAGAAAACUAGGCGCGUUGCACCUCGGGAUACUGGAAGAGUCUGUCGUCGGUCAUCCUUUACAGCGUGCUUCCAAAAUGUUGGAGUCCUAUGUGACUCCAAUCUUGAUGAGCUACGUGAACCGUUACAUCAAGAAUCUCAAGCCGUCUGACCUUCAGCUAUCAUUAUGGGGAGGUGAUGCGGUCCUCAGCAAACUAGAACUGAAACUCGAUGUAUUGGAGCAGGAGCUAAAAUUGCCAUUCACUUUCUUGAGUGGACACAUUCAUGAGUUAAGGAUUCAUGUGCCAUGGACGAAGUUGGGCUCUGAACCUGUUGUUAUUACCAUAAACACUAUGGAAUGUAUCCUGAAGCUUAAGGAUGAUGUACAUGAUGAUCAUGAGAGCUGUGGCUCCAGUUCAACCAACCGCAGCACUACAGAGAGCAUAAAGUCAUUAGCUAAAACCCGACGCAUCCAACAAGUGACCUCAGCUGACCCUGACUUACCCCCAGGUUACGUACAGAGCUUAAUUAGGCGUGUUGUUAACAAUGUGAACAUUGUAGUCAACAAUCUCAUCUUGAAGUAUGUGGAGGAUGACAUUGUUCUCUCAGUCAACAUUACAUCUGCAGAAUGCUACACAGUGGAUGAGUUUUGGGAUCGAGCUUUCAUGGAUAUUCUAGCUCCAGAAUUGGUCUUGAGGAAGGUAAUCAACUUUUCUGAUUGCACCGUUUGUCUGGACAAGCGAAAUGCAAGUGGAAAAAUCGAAUUUUACCAGGAUCCGCUUCUCUACAAAUGUUCCUUUUGCACACGUUUGCACUUUACUUAUGACAAUCUCAACUCUAAAAUUCCAGCAAUCAUUAAGAUUCAGGCACUCGUUGAAAGUUUGAAGCUGUCCAUCACAGACCAACAACUUCCUAUGCUGAUUCGCAUAAUUCAGCUUGGAGUUGCACUUUACUAUGGUGAAAUUUGCUCUUACAAAGAUGUAGAAGUGGAGGAAGCAUGUUCUACAGCAAAGGAAACAUCCAUUACUCAAAUCGGUACUGAAUCUGAACCAGGAUCUCAAGGUCAACAUGCAAUCCAGUACCAGAACCUGGAUGCCCAGCAGCAGUUGCAGCAGCGGGAUGGUGAUGAUGAUCAAGGUUGGGUAUCUUGGGCAUGGUCUUUGGUUCCUGCACUGGUCAGUUAUUCUGAAGAGGCUGGUGAAAGCUAUGAAGUUGAUGAAAAUGGCAUCAGAAUAAAUUGCCCGAGAUCAUCACCUCAUAAGGAUCCAAUAGUUUCUGUGGGAUUUUACUGCACCAAAGCUACUAUCACUUUUAAGUUGACAGAAAUGCAAAUGGAGAGCAGCUAUUACAGCCCUCAGAAAGUGAAAUCCAAAGAAGUGCUUUGCUGGGAGCAAGAAGGGACAACUGUUGAGGUGCUGAUGAUGGGAGAACUUUUCUUUGACUGCCAAAUGGGUUUUGUGGGUUGCAAGGCUUUCUGCCUUAAGGGAAUAAUGGGUGUGAAAGACUUCGAAGAGCCUUCAAACAGAAGUGAAUCUGAAGCCUGUUUCUUCAGUUGUGGUGAAAGUCUGAACAGCAAGGGAUUAACAUACCUCACCAAUUCCCUGUUUGAUUAUCGAAGUCCAGAAAAUAAUGGAGUCAGGGCUGAGUUUAUUUUGGAUGCUGCUCAACACAAGGAGACAUACACAGAGAUAGCUGGCGUGCAGCGUUUUGGGGCCUUCUACAUGGAUUACCUAUACACAAUGGAGUGUAGUAGUGGCAGAGGUUCUGUUAGUCAACAACAAGAUGUUUCCAUAAACAAAAGUGAAGAUCUGGGCAGUGUCCAAGAGAUGUCCACGAAAAGUCUAGUUGUAGGUCCAAUGGAGGUUCGGCUGGACAGCAGUUCUGUUCACAGAAUACUAAAAAUGGUAGCCUGUGGACUGGAUCAUGAGUAUGAACCAUACAACAAACCUCACUCAGAAACUGUGGAUGAGAAGAGAACAAUGCCAAGCCAAGAGGAGUUGACUGCUUUAGAAGAGUAUAUUCCAACAAGGUUAACUUGUAUAACUGUUUUAAAAACAACAAUUACAAUUACUCUCGCUGAAUUCAACCUGCUCGACAACCUACUUCCAAUAAUUUUAGGUCAAAAGAACGCCAUGUCUUAUUUAAGUGCACCGCAUUUUCACCCAUUCCGACCACUACCUGCCUUGAGAAUACAAGUGGAUAAGGGCAGCUUGGAACAUUCUGUGCCAAUGUAUGCUGAACAACUUGUACCUGCUGUUAGCAGCCUUAACCAACCAUCUGAUAACUUGCUGCAUAACUGUUAUGCACACUGUUACGUUAAGAUAUUUGGUUUCCAGGCAGGCCUGACCUCCUUGGAUAGUGAAGGAUCAUUCUGUCCUCCUGUCCCAGUCAUUCUUCCUUUCAGCACAGCCUUUUAUGGCAAAUUACUUCGACUUCCAUCAUAUUGGUUGAAACGUCCAUUUGUCCGGACUACAGAGUGCAUAUUUGAAUUGCCCAGUCUGACUUUACAAGCAACGAGGGCCCAGACCCUGCUGCUGCAAACCAUUUUACAGAGUUGGACACACAAUACGGGAACAUCAGUAUCAUUGCCACUGGACGAAACUUUACUUAAGGACAUCUUCAGACCUUCAGGUGUGAAAUCCCAGAAUCCACUGCCAACUCUGGAGGGUUCUAUCCAAAAUGUUGAGUUGAAGUACUGUAGCACAUCAUUGGUAAAAUGUGUUUCGGGGACCAUGGGAUCAAUAAAAGCUUGUGCCAAAGCCCCAGGAAGGAAUGAUGGCAUGAAGGAAAAACUGAUUCCUCUAAUCCAAGGGCCUUCGGACACAAGAGAGUUGCACAAGAGCAAAUGGCUCAAUGAAAGCAGGAAGCCUGAAUCACUGUUUGCCCCUGACUUGAUAACUUUCACCAUCCAGAUUCCUCAGCAAAUGGACAGCUAUCAUAACUCUGGUGCUGUUCUUUUAGCCUGUGUGCAGGGAAUUGCAGUCAAUGUGGACCCAAUCUUUUAUGUAUGGCUUCUUCAGCUGCCUCAGAAAAUGAACAUGAAACAUAGAUCACAGCAAUCUGUGGGAGUUAUUCAGUCAGUCAUGCCAACAACAAGGAAGAAGGAGGAUGAGGUAUCUGUUGGCAGUACGCCAUUGGCAAUGCAGCAAUCAAAUCAGGCCUCUGAAUAUGCUAGCAGUCCUGUCAAAACGAAAACGGCGACAGAAUCUCGCCCGUUCUCUGUCCCAAUAAUAGUGAUGCAAAGCUCUGAGGAAUGGAGUAGCCCAGAGGAAAGAAUGAAAGAAAUCAUUGGAUUAGUAUGGGAUGGAGUCAAACGUUUAACGCUUCAGCUUGAGGUUCAGUCGUGUUGUGUAUUCUUUCCAAAUGAGAGUCUGCCAUCUCCAAGUACCAUCGUGGCAGGUGACAUCCCAGGGACGGUGAGGAAUUGGUACCAUACGGAAGCGAAUAUGCCUGGGACUUUGGUCAUCUGCUUACCUCAGAUAAAAGUGAUCAGUGCUGGCCACAAAUACAUGGAACCACUGCAGGAGAUUCCUUUUGUCAUUUCACGGCCUAUUCUGGAUGAAGGUGAUGCUUUCCCCUGGACCAUCAGUCUCAGCCAGUUUAGUGUGUAUACUUUACUCGGACAGCUGAAGGCAUGUAAUCUUUUGGAACCUUUGGGCUGUACUUCAACACUGGCCAUCACCUCACAUAAGCUGCAGAGCUCCAGCCCUGAAACCAGACAUUCAUUUGUCGUCUGUCUCCAUGUAGAUCUGGAGUCUCUGGAGAUGAAAUGCUCAAACCCUCAGGUCCAGUUAUUGUAUGAGCUGGCACACAGCAUGAACAGUGCCUGGGACAAAAUUCAGAAGAAAGGCAUACUGCGGCAGUCUUCUACCCAUCCUGAAUCAAUCUUAGCACCAAUGCCAGGGUCACCAAUAAGAAGUAGCGUCAGUACAGCACCACCAGAUGCCAGCACGUGUAGUCCUUCUGCUGAUAUUGGAACCACUACGGAGGGUGAUUCAGUCCAAAUGGUGGAUGAAAGUCCCUUCGCUGACUCUUCCACAUUGGAACAGAAAACUAGUAAUAUUGGUGGAACCACAGGAUGUAUAAGUUUAUGGAUGCAGUGGAUGUUGCCUAAAGUUACUAUUAACUUGUUUGCUCAGGAACCUAGCAGUAAAGGCACAGAUAUUUGUGUUGUUGGCGAACUUGAAGACCUGAGUGCUUCAGUUGAUAUUCAAGAUGUUUACACAAAGGUGAAGUGCAAAGUAGGCAGCUUCAAUAUUGAUCACUACAAGAGCAGCCUUGGGGAAGGCCCAUGGUCUCUGGGGCAUUUCGGAGGUGUUGUACUUUCUUGUACUGACAAGCUGAACAGACGCACUUUGUUGGUUCGACCCCUCAGCAAGCAAGAUCCCUUCAGUCAUUUCUCUGGCUUCUUUCCUCCUAUGGCAGCCAAACUUUUAGAAGGUUCCCACCAGCAGCACGGAUUUCUUUCUCUUACUUACACCAAAGCCGUUACGCGGAACGUCCGCCAUAAGUUAACAUCAAGGCCUGAGCGGGUUUCACGUAGCCUCCACAGAGUGGCGGAAGGCAUCGUGGACAGUUCUCCCCAGUAUCUUCAUGAGAUCCUCCUCAGUGCCCAGCCAUUCGAUGUCGUCCUUUCCUUCCCAUUGAUACACAGCGUUGCAAAGAUAUUCCAGGCAAAAUUGCCAAAGAAACCGAAGACGAAGCGGAAGUCAACAGGCCAACCUAUGAGGGCCUAUGGCCUAACAUCACGAGAGUUACCUCUUAUUUAUAUCAACACAAGUGUUGUCAGAGUGUUUUUUCCAAAAGGAGAAGAGCAGUACAAAAAAGGAGCUGUACAGAUGAAAGAAGAUACUUUGGUUCUUAAAAUUGGCUCAGUAUGCAUGGCUCCGCAGGCUGAUAACCCCCUUGGAAGGACCGUUCUGAGAAAGGAUAUUUACCAGAGAGCUCUGAAUUUAGGAAUACUACGAGACCCUGGAUCAGAAGUUGAGGAUAGACAAUACCAAAUCGACCUACAGUCCAUAACUAUUGGGACUGCCUUGUGGGAUCAGCUGAAACCUGAGAAGGACGUUGGUAAAGGAGGCCUUUGCCCAGAGAGUGAAAGGAAUUACCAGAAUCCAGCCCUGGAAUGGAACAUGUCCAACAGCAUUAGACGUCACCAAGAACGAAGAGCAAUUUUAACCCCAGUUUUGACAGAUUUCAGUGUUCGAGUAACAGCUGCCCCUGCUAUUCUUUUCACAAAACAGGUCUCGCUAGAGAAUAUACAGACUGAGGAAAUUAUAGUGUGUGGCCAUUCAUUGGAAGUCAAUGUUACGACAAGCCUGGACUUCUUCCUCAGUGUAGCUCAAGUUCAGCUCUUACAGGAAUUAAUACAGGUCAAUAUGCAUGAAUUGGAGCUUGUUGAUCCAACCACAGAGAACUGUCAAAAAGAACAGAAUAAGACCACUCCUGCAGAAGGAACUCCAAUGGAUACUUUGUCACGCCACAGUGGAGCUAAGGACAGUGGUAUUGGGAGUGACAGUGCACGAAUUCGGAUUGUUCAAAUUGAGCAGCAAAGCGGAACCAGUCAUCAUCGCCUUGCAAGGCCUUCCCGCCAGUCUUCCAUUGUGAAAAAUUUGAAUUUUAUCCCAUUUGAUAUAUUUGUCACAGCCAGCCGUAUUUCAUUAAUGACCUAUUCAACAGCAGCUAGUUCCAAAUCAAGGUCACAGCAAGAAAGCCCGAGCCAGAAGGUGAGCGACAAACUUGGCAGGAGCACGCUAAACCAGAAAAGUAUGGAGAUCGAAGGCAUGUCAGAGAAUAAAUCAGGCCAGCCAGGGAUUGCAGUGCUGACAGCUGAGGAUCUACUGAAUAGUAAUGCUCCAUUGAGCACAGGGAAGGUUACCAGUCACUUGUCACUAGAGAGCCUUCAUACGCCAAGCAGAUCAUCAGCUCGACAAGCUCUUGGCGUCACUGUAGUCCGGCAACCAGGCCGCAGAGGAACGAAUGAUCUUCAGCUAGAGCCCUUCGUGUACUUAGUGAUAGCCCAACCUUCUUUGUUAGUGAGUUGCCAUCACCGGAAGCAAAUGGUGGAUCUGUCAUUCUUUGAUGCCACGUUGAAAGCUGUCCCGCCAGACUACAAGUGUUUGGACCCUGGGAAGACUCUUCCAGAAGCUCUAGACUACAGUGUGUUUUGGUUGCAAACUGUUGCAGGUGACGUUGAUCUGAAAGCUGGCAUUCCCCCUCCACUCAUCUCUUUUCAAAUCAAAGACUUCCUCAAUGGGCCAGCUGAAGUCAAUUUGGAAUUGUCACGUCCUUGGAAAGUCAACUUAAGCCUUGUCAAACUGGAUCAAGCAACAAAGUUUUUCAAGAGCAUCCUGCCCAGAUAUGGUUCUGAGAUCACCUCCAAAGCUGCUGUCUCUCCUGAAACAGUUUAUUAUAAAGAGGAGAUGUUGACAUCAGCAUCUGGUGUGAGGAUUGAACCUGGAUCAUUUACUGAGAGAACCAUGGAUCAAGGAAGCAUUUGGAAAAUGAUGUCCUUCUUUCAGAAAUUUUCUAUCCACACAGCUCAGGUUGUUGUUGCAAUGGAGGCUGUGCCUCAUCCUGACAAGCCUUGCAUUUUGGCCUCUCUUUCAAGUCUAAAAGGGGCCCUUAAUAUAAAAGCAGGACCCAAAUCCACAGGAAUGAUUUUGGGUGCCACAUUUGCACUCCAACUGAAGGAUUUGCUUGUAAAGACCCGCCUGAAAGACAGAACCAGAGCACUAAUUGGCCCAUUCUGCUGUACCCUGCAACUGGACGCUAAGUGGUGCAGGCACAGUGGCGACCCUGACCCACAUCACUCUAUUCCAAAAACGCUGGUCGACUUGAAAGCUGGACUGAUCCAGAUAUUCUGGGGCCAAGAGCAUCUGAACUGUCUGAAUCUACUCCAUGAACUUCUCCAAGGAUAUUUUGGGCAAGAUGCCAAGUCUCAGACAUCAGACCACACACAGCAACCAUCAUCUGCCAUAGGCAGACAUCAAGCUUUCAAGACUGAACACAGUUCUGAUGACUUGAGGACAGGGCAGUUUCAGUACAUUCAAGAUGCAGAUGUGCAGAAAUUGCCAAGCAUUUUUGAAGUCGUUUUUUACAAUGAGACUGAUGACCGCCCAGGGAUGAUGAUGUGGAGGUACCCAGAGCCACGUGUCCUCACUCUAGUUAGAAUUAAUCCAGUGCCUUUCAACACAACUGAAGAUCCAGACAUCAGCACAGCGGAUCUUGGCGAUGUCUUACAGGUGCCUUGCAGCCUGCAGUAUUGGGAUGAGCUUCAACAAGUAUUUGUGGAUUAUCGCGAAUUUAGCCUGUCCGAGAGCAAGGCAUGUGAACUGCAGCUUCCUAACGUUACUUUGACUAGUGAUCAGAAGGAACUCAUAGCUUCUGACUUGUGGCGAAUUGUUCUCAAUAGUAACCAAGAAGUUACAGAAGAAUUGAGCAGUGAUGGCGAAUCUGGCUCACAAAGUGUCUGUGACCAGCUUGUGUCUCCAAUGGCAUUGGCAGCCUGCACCAGGGUAGAUUCAUGUUUUGCAGCAUGGUUCGUGCCUUCUUUUGGCAUCUCAUUGCGGUUUGCCCAAAUUGAGCUUCACCUUUGUCAUCAUCUGGAUCAGCUCGGUAGAGCACAUCCCAGCUGUCUUCAGGCAUUCAUCCCUGAUAGAAAGCUGCCUGCAGAGCAAGAAUACAUGAUUGUUUCUCUGAAAAGCCCAAAUGUCUACAUGCGGCAAUGGUCCGAUAGCCCUGUCUGCCAAGAGCUCCAGUUCUCUGCGAUCGCCAACUGCAAGCUGCUCGAAUACCGCAAUCUAACCAUGACAAGCAUUGUAAAACCCUUCACCUUUCAUGGGCAAGUAGUCAUGAGCAACAGCUGUGUGGAGCAGCUAAUCGACGGAAAUGUGUUUGUUGACCCCGUGUUUAUCAGUGUGGGGCAACACGCAGUUCAUUCACUAGACAUAGCAGCUCGUGCUUGGAGACAGAAUGAACAUCCAGAGGCAGAGGAGUUGGUCUUCAGCCACUUCGUGAUAUGUAAUGACACUCAGGAGACACUGCGGUUUGGCCAGGUGGAUACUGAUGAAAAUGUUCUAUUGGCCAGUGAGCACAGCCAUCAGUACAGCUGGCGUUCACACAAGUCCCCCCAGCUGCUUCACAUCUGUAUUGAGGGCUGGGGAAACUGGCGCUGGUCCGAGCCAUUCAGUGUGGACAACAUGGGCACAUUUGUUAGAAGUAUCCAGUACAAGGGCAGAACAGCAUCACUGAUCAUCAAAGUGCAGCCACUUAACAGUGUGCAAAAACAAAUAAUUAUUUGUGGAAGACAAGCUAUUUGCAGUUAUUUAAACCUGGACGUGGAACUGAAGGUGGUGCAGCAUUGCAGUGGGCAGGACGGACGCGAGUCGAUCAAGGAACAUCUUUGCUGUUUGCCACUGAAUCAAAAGAUACCAUCUUUUGUUCUUGAGAAUGCGGAAUUCACUGAGUUGUGCAUCAGGGUUAUGGGAAGUGACACAGACUGGUCACCAGAUGUGCGCCUAGAGACUCUUCAGUCUGAAGACAGCACCGUUAUUCAGGUUCCCAAUUCAAAUGGCUCCGUAUUGCAUGUGUGGUGUACUUGUCUGAACCUGGAUGUCAAAUCCCCUGUACAACAGAGAGUGCUGUUUCUCAGCCCUUUGUUUGUCAUGAGGAGCCAUCUCCCUGAUCCCAUUAUUCUACACGUCGAGAGGCGAAGUUUGGGUUUGAAAGAUCCACAAGUCAUUGCUGGAAAGGGGCAGGAAGAGCCACUUCAGAAUGUUGAACCAGAAGUCGUGCACCAUUUGACAUUUCAAGCAAGGGAGGAAGAUGAAGCAUCCCAGUGUGCAGUCCCCAUCUCAACGGUCCUCAUUAAACAAAUUGUCCGUGGCCCACAAAGUGAUUGUACUGUUGCCAAGUUACUUAGAGAGUUCUACAACAUGGACGCUGAUGCACGUAACCCUUGGCCCUACAUAACAAAGGAUCCUGAAAGCAAAAACAGCAGUGAGCUGCUUGCUCAGUGGGACAGCCCAAUGCAAGUUAAACUGUCUGCGUGGAAACCCUGCCUUAAUACACUUCUUGUUGAACUACUACCUUGGGCCUUGUUUGUCAACCAAUCCAAAUGGGACCUCUGGCUCUUUGAAGGCGAGAAGAUAAUCGUGCAGGUUCCUGCUGGGAAAGCAAUUGUCCCUCCAAACUUUCAGGAGCCUUUUCAGAUCGGUAUCUACUGGGCCAGCACAAACACUGUGCACAAAUCCACAGCAGUACGACUUGUGCAUGAUGUCACAUCCCCGAAGUGGAAGGAUUAUCCCGUCACUGAUGUCAUUACCCUGGAUGAGGAUGGGAUUGCUGAUGCAGAUGUAAAACUUGGAACCUUUCCCGAUCAUCAGAAGCUGUGUCAGUUUUGUAUAUCUUCAGUGGUGCGACAUGGGAUUCAGAUCCUGCUGAUUGAAGACAAGACCGUUAUAACAAAUGCCACGGCUCACAAAAUCUACUAUCGCCCUAUGCUCGUCUUCCCAGAACGAACAACACGAAAGGAGCAGGUCCAUGUGGUGGAGAGCUCUGUGUUUAGCCUCAGUCCAGCAAGAUCCCACUUUCCUGCUAUGCCACGCUCCAUUCCUUGCUGGGACCUCCUCGCUGGCGGAAGUCAAGCAGAUUUCACUGCCCCAUUGCCCCAGAAGUAUCUGCUGCUCGGCUACUCUCCGCAUGUUGGCAUAAACAGCUAUCACGACUGGAGUCUGCCAACUAUAAUUAGGCAAGAUUUCCCGAGGCAAAGUGUGGCAGUGCCUCUUGGGGAUUCUGAUGAAAGUGGAUUUUGUUCCAGAGCUAUGGUGGUAUCUUGUCAGGAAUACCUCGGUGUCACCUACAUAACUAUCAGUGAAGAUUCCAAUCCUCGAAUGAUCAUCCACAACAGAUGCACUGUUGGAAUCAUGAUGAAAGAAAAUCUGAAAGAUGCCCGAAAAUGUGCAGUUUAUUGUCGAAAAAUUCCCGCUGAGUGUUCAGUGCACCAUGAACUUUAUCAUCAAGUUUGGAGCUUCCCUGAAUGCAAAACUGAAGACCACCUUCCCAGCAUCCACCUCAGUGUGGUAUCCCCAUCUGAACUGUCUGAGGAUUGGAGCGAUGUCAUUGAUCUGAAUAGUCCUGGGACUCAGGUGGUGUUUCUGCCCGGUUACGGCUGUGUGUAUGUGGAUGUCAGUCAUCUUUCCAGCACUAUAACUGUGACCAUGGUUCCAGAGGGUAGAGCUGGCCCUGUCCUCACCAGCCUUUAUGGGACACCGAAACAAGCCAUUGCAAUGAGAGUGCUGAUUACUCAAGCGAGCCUGACGAUAAAUGACGAUGUGACCAAUCAUCGAAAAUCGUCGGAAUUGCUGAGGCUAACGCUGGACGAUGUUCUGUUGAAUCUCUCACCAGUGGUGAACCAUGCCAGGGCACCAUCAGGGGAAUUCCGACCUGAGCCCACUGUUGGAAUUGCAGAACUUUAUAUGCUGGAGGUGUGCGUGGGGGACUUGCAGAUCGACAAUCAACUUUACCACCAGUCCAGCUUUCACUUCCCUGCUCUGCUUUGCCAGGAGCUGAAGCCAGAAAGGCCACAUUGGAGAAAUGGCUCCCAUUCGACUCUCUCAGCCAGGGACCUUGAUGAGUACAAACGCAAUUGUUUCUUAACAGCCUGCAUCCUUUUGAGAGAGCAGAAUUUUGCCUUCACCAUGAAUGAACUGGAUUUUGAAUUGAAGCCUGCAAGACUCUAUGUGGAAGACACGUUCGUAUAUUACAUCAAGACUCUGUUUAGUACCUAUAUCCCAGACGGUGGUCUAUAUCAAAAACAAGUGAGAACGACUUCCUGCUCAGCAGCCGACCUGACUGUGCCAGAGCAAGUGGUUAUUGCCACUCGAGCACUAGUGAACCCAAUCAAAUUGCGGCGGUUGACCAUCCAUCCCAUCAGUUUGCUCGUCAGUGUUCACGCCUCAAUAAAAUUAUACAUUGCCUCGGACCAUGCUCCUCUUUCAUUCGCUCUCUUUGAGCGAGGGCCUAUCUACACCACUCCCAGGCAGCUUAUCCAUGCACUUGCCAUGCACUAUGCUGCAGGAGCAUUAUUCCGAGCAGGUUGGGUUGUCGGUUCUCUGGAAAUUCUUGGAAGUCCUGCUAACUUGGUGCGAAGUAUUGGUAAUGGGAUAGCAGACUUCUUCAGACUCCCAUAUGAGGGACUGACCCGUGGUCCAGGAGCUUUUGUCAGUGGAGUCUCCAGGGGAACAACUUCAUUUGUCAAACAUAUUUCAAAAGGUACCCUGACUUCGAUCACUAAUCUGGCUACAAGUUUAGCUCGGAACAUGGAUCGACUCUCUCUAGAUGAAGAGCACUAUAAUCGACAGGAGGAAUGGCGAAGGCAACUUCCCGACAGCCUGGGGGAAGGUCUGCGGCAGGGACUGUCCCGGCUCGGACUCAGUUUGCUUGGUGCCAUUGCUGGUAUUGUGGAUCAGCCGAUGCAGAAUUUCCAGAAGACGGUAGAGGUUUCAGCUGGACGCAAAGCCAAAGAUGUCAUCUCUGGUGUGGGUAAAGGCAUCGUGGGAGUUUUCACCAAGCCAAUUGGAGGGGCAGCUGAGUUGGUCUCACAAACUGGUUAUGGCAUUUUACACGGGGCUGGACUUUCUCAACUUCCCAAGCAGAGGUUUCACCCCACUGAGCAACAGACUGACCAGGCCCCAAACAGCCACAUCAAAUAUGUCUGGAAAAUGCUUCAGUCUUUGGGUAGGCCUGAAGUCUUUAUGGCCUUGGAUGUGGUUAUUGUGAGCAACUCUGGCCAGGAGUAUGAUGGUUGCUUGCUGCUCACCUCCGAGGUAUUGUUUGUGGUCAGUAUCAGUGAAGACACACAGCAGCAGGCUUUCCCAGUCACUGAGAUUGAGUGCAGCCUGGAUCCAAAGAAAGAGAACAUGCUGCAGGUUGUGCUCAAGCAACAGAGGGUAUCAUAUGACGCAGAGGGAGAUGGCAUUCGAGAGAGACUUUCUGAACAACAGUACGAUCGACUGGUGGAUUAUGUUACAAAAACAUCACACUACAUUAUUCCCAGCAGUGCAGCAAUGCAGCUGGCUUCUCAGGUAGUUGUUGCAGAUCCUCCUGCCUCGAGAAGCAAGACUUACCAGUACUUGGUUGAUAGCCACUACGGACUUGUGUUUGUCAGCAAGUUUUCUAUGGUGAAAAACAAGGCACUACGAAAGGGAUUUCAUUAGUCAGAAAUGUGCAACUAUGACAAAGUUUUUUUUUAAAGAGACAAAAGUGCCGGCAUUUUUUUUGACUAAACAGCUUGACAGUCAGCUCUUGAAGUGUAGCACAAUUUUAUCAUAAGAAACUUCAAUGAAAACAAGUGUAAUCUGGGUCAGCUUGUUUAUGUAAUUUAAUUAAUUUGCCUUUCUCUGACUGACUGUAUCAACUGUGUAAAUACUAUGUUGACUGAAAGGGAUGUGGCCACUCAUGCUUCGAGGCAACUUCGUUAAGUGCUGUCAAUAAUGAGAUUUUGCUAUUUGUUAAUCUUUACUUCAACAAAAGAUUUGUUAAUAUAACUGAAAAUAUCAAAAGCAAAUAAAUUUUCAAGGAGACAAUUACAAGGAGCCAUUUUCUUUUGCA